AUGGCACACCCAUACGCACCCAUGGGCGGAAGCUUUGAUGAUCGCAUAGUUGGGAUCGUAAUCGACGAGUUCUUGCAUGCUGGCUUCAUAGUGGGUGUGUUCAAUUUCCGAGGAGCACACGGAUCCAAAGGACGAACGAGCUGGACAGGAAAACCUGAACUAGACGACUACAUUUCUUUCGCAGCCUUCUUCAUGCACUACAUUUCUAAUCUCCAGCCUUCUUUACCAUAUAAUCUCUUGGCGUCGGAGCAAUCCCCAAUGUCCCCGAACUUUAGUGAAUCGGCGCCAGUGCAGAGCGACGUUUACCCUCUAGUUGUACUGGGAGGCUACUCUUAUGGAUCUCUUAUUCUUCGGAACCUACCACCCGUUUUAACCAUUCUGCAGCCAUUUGCUGCCCCGCCAGAAGGCUCCGCAGCAGAAGAAAUUGUACUUCGUGCCAGCAAAUUGGCAGAUCAAAGCAAUAUGGAAUGGGUCACGCUGGCUCGAGAUGAAACCCGAGCUAGGAGGAAGGACCGAGCGAAGCACAACACACGCCCUUCGAUUACAAUGGGCGGAGAAGAGACCAGUCCGGGUAAGAGGAGAAGCAGUAGAGAAGUGAGACGAAGUCUGGAGGGGAGCUCGCGCCUAGAAAUACGUACACGAUUAAGGAGCUUAAGCCACAGAAGGCGUGACAAUGCCGAGGUCACGACGCCGACGAAGGUGGAAACCACGAAUUUUACCGUGCCUGAUGUCCGAUAUCUUCUCAUCUCGCCACUGACGCCGCCUUUGUCUUCGCUAGCCGCCCCAGCUCUGAUGCACAAGUUUUGGAGUAGGUCCAAGGAUGAUCACCAGGAGACGGUUGGCAAGCACGUGACCCUGGCCAUUUAUGGGGACCAGGAUAUCUUUGCAUCGGCCAAGAAGCUCCGCGACUGGGCUGAGCAACUAAAAGCUAGUCCUGGAUCGCGGUUCCGUAGUCUAGAGGUUGCAGAUGCGGGUCAUUUUUGGGUAGAGCACGGUGUGGAAGAGAAGUUGAGGGUAGCCAUGAGGGAAUGGAUUGUGGAUAUGUGA